AUGUUCAAUGACCUUCCCGUCUACGAGCGAGGGUAUCCUGAGGCGAACAUCUUUUAUGGUUGGACAGAAGACGGCAAGAAACAAGGUUGGUUCGUGGCCUCUCGAGUCCCAAAGUCUGGCUCGGUGAAGCGCUACAAGAUGUUUAACCCUUCCAGCCAUGCUGCAGGACCACAUCUUUGCACUGCAAUUUGGCGGAAUCCGUCCGGAAAGCUGGAUAAGCGCCUCUUCUGCAUGGCAGAGCGCCGUGAGGCCUGGGAAGAAACAGAGGCUCGGUUACUGUAUUGUCGGGAGCUCUGGGAUGGGGUUCCCGAGCAGUUCCAGGUUGACGAAUCUAUGCACGACGCCUUGGAAGAUGAGUGGGAGCAUGAGUGGCAAGAAGAAGCUGGAGAAGGUGUGGAGGACUUCGGCCCGGAAGGAUACGAGCUGAUGUAUGAGGGCGGUGAGGAGCCGGCACCUGACGAUGACUUCGCUGAGGUCUGGGAGGAUCCGCACUUCCCGCCGACGGCAAAGUCCGUUGGUAGUUCUGAAGGGUGGGACGACUGGAAACGCGUUUCGCAGAUGCACCCCCAGGCACAUCUCUUUUGCCGGGUCACUUCGGACGACGCCAUCAGUAAUGCAUUGGCCGGAAAUUCCUGGUUCCUCUCUGCCAUGGCCUGCAUUGCGGAGUAUCCUGCCUGGAUAGUUUCUGCCUUCCGGCUCAACACCACGCUCACGGCCAAUGGCGCCUAUGCAGUACGGUUCUACCAUCCAGGGAAGCAGCGAUUUCAGUUUGUGGAAAUUGAUGAUCGCAUUCCAACGUUGCGGGGAGGCCCUAUGUCUGCCGGCGUCACUCCCGAGGGAGAGGUGUGGGUGGCUUUGUUGGAGAAGGCGUUUGCAAAAUUCUGCGGCUCCUACAAGGCUAUCGAAGGCGGAUCUGUGCCCUACGGGUUGCUGCUUGGCGGAGAGAGAUUAGCCCUCGCGGCGAGACCGACUGCGUAG